GCACCAAUUCAACAAACAAACUCCAUUAACGUAAUUCAAGUUUGAGACAGAUUACAAUAGCAAAAAAUCUAACAAAGAAACACUCAAAUUAAACCGAAGACUAUGGCAGAUGCCUACUGCGGCGACUGCAAGAGGAACACGGAGGUGGUGUUUGAUCAUUCUGCCGGCGAUACCGUUUGUUCUGAGUGUGGACUCGUCCUUGAAUCCCACUCGAUCGAUGAGACCUCCGAGUGGCGUACCUUUGCCAACGAGUCCGGAGAUAACGAUCCCGUUCGUGUCGGCGGUCCCACCAAUAUCCUCCUCAACGACGGUGGUUUGUCCACCGUGAUUUCUAAACCUAACGGCGGCACCAGCGAUUUCCUUUCGUCUUCGUUGGGACGGUGGCAGAACCGAGGUUCUAAUCCCGAUCGUACGCUCAUCUUGGCGUUUAAAACGAUCGCGACCAUGUCUGAUAGGUUGGGCCUUGUUGCAACAAUAAAGGAUCGUGCUAAUGAGAUAUACAAAAAGGUGGAAGAUCAGAAGUCAAGUAGAGGGAGAAAUCAGGAUGCCAUUUUGGCUGCUUGCCUUUACAUUGCUUGUCGUCAAGAAGACAAACCACGAACAGUAAAGGAAAUAUGUUCGGUUGCCAAUGGAGCCUCAAAGAAAGAAAUUGGUCGGGCAAAAGAAUAUAUUGUCAAACAACUAGAGCUUGAGAUGGGUCAAUCUGUUGAAAUGGGGACUAUUCAUGCUGGCGAUUUCAUGAGACGAUUCUGUUCGAAUCUUGGAAUGACCAAUCAAACUGUUAAAGCUGCCCAAGAAUCUGUAAAGAAGGCAGAAGAGUUUGAUAUAAGGAGAAGCCCGAUAUCUAUAGCUGCUGCUAUUAUUUACAUAGUAACUCAACUUUCGGAUGAGAAAAAGCCCCUUAAAGAUGUAGCACUUGCAACUGGAGUUGCAGAAGGGACAAUCAGAAACUCGUACAAGGAUUUGUAUCCUCAUUUGACAAAAAUCAUACCAACUUGGUAUGCCCAAGAAGAUGAUAUUAAGAACCUAUCUAGCCCUUAAAAACCCAUACAUACUCUUUUAAAAGUUCAUUAUUUUUUUUGGAUGUUCUUCUGAUACCAAAGAAGAUAACAGUUAACAUGGACAACUGCCCUUUUCUGUC